GGAAAGAUUAACUUCCGUGUUUCUGCUUUAGUUUCGGUGUGUUUUCGGACAUUAUGGGUGCGUGUAUGGCCUUGUGCUCGCUGGCGAGCUGCGCGUCGUGUUUGUGCGGUUCUGCUCCGUGUCUUUUAUCAGGAUGUUGCCCUUCAACAUACAACUCCACUGUGACCCGCUUGGCCUUCUCCUUUUUCCUGCUGCUGGGCACUGUAGUGUCCAUCAUCAUGAUUCUGCCAGGCAUGGAGACACAGCUGAAGAAGAUUCCGGGAUUUUGUGAAGGAGGCUCUUCAAUACCUGGAUUUGAAGGGAAGGUGAACUGUGAUGUCAUUGUUGGUUAUAAAUCGGUCUAUAGGAUGUGCUUUGCCAUGGCCUGUUUCUUCUUCCUUUUCUCCAUCAUCAUGAUCCGUGUGAGAAGCAGCAAGGAUCCACGAGCUGCAAUUCAAAAUGGCUUCUGGUUUUUCAAGUUUUUGAUUCUGGUCGGAAUUACAGUGGGAGCCUUCUUCAUUCCAGAUGGAAUGUUCAACACAGUGUGGUACUACUUCGGUGUGGUUGGCUCCUUCAUUUUCAUUCUGAUCCAGCUCAUUUUACUGGUGGAUUUUGCUCAUUCCUGGAACCAAAAGUGGGUGGAGAAUGCAGAGGAUGGGAACAGUAAAUGCUGGUAUGCAGCCCUACUCAGUUUCACAUUGGUACACUAUAUCUGUGCCUUUGCGGCAGUGGUGUUGUUCUACAUUUUCUACACCCAGCCAGACGACUGCACAGAACACAAAGUCUUCAUCAGUCUUAACCUCAUCUUCUGUAUCAUUGUGUCUGUGGUGGCCAUUCUUCCGAAAGUGCAGGAAGCUCAGCCAAGCUCUGGUCUGCUCCAGGCAUCCCUCAUCUCUCUCUACACCAUGUAUCUCACAUGGUCUGCUAUGAGCAACAAUCCUAACCGUAAGUGUAACCCCAGUCUGUUAAGUAUAGUCAAUGGCCAGUCCGCAGCACCCACCCCUACCAGCACCCCCGGUGUCUUUACCCAAUGGUGGGACGCCCAGAGCGUUGUGGGUUUGGUCAUCUUCCUCCUGUGCACACUGUAUGCCAGCAUUCGUUCCUCAAACAACAGCCAGGUGAAUAAGCUUAUGCAGACAGAGGAGGUUCAGGGUCUGGCGAGCUCUGAUGCCAAUGAUGCCAUCUCUGAGGAUGGCGUGAGACGAGCCGUGGAUAACGAAGAGGACGGCGUCACAUACGGCUACUCUUUCUUUCAUUUCUCUCUCUUCCUCGCCUCUCUCUACAUCAUGAUGACCCUUACCAACUGGUACCAACCUGAAACUGACUAUGCAGCCAUGACGACCACUAUGCCAUCAGUUUGGGUGAAGAUUUGUUCCAGUUGGCUGGGAUUGGGUUUGUACCUCUGGACUCUCGUGGCUCCGCUAGUCCUGACCGACCGGGACUUCAACUAAACACCUGUAAGAUACUGCAAACAAUCUACCUUUUACACCAAAUCAUAUGCAGUCACAGAAAUUCCUGUUCAUAAAUGAUUUGAGCUUUCAAACUCACUUCUUGCACACUUGUUGACCUUUUGCACGCUUUGUUACAUAGUUAUUCACUUUUAGAAAAGAUCCCUAAAUGCACUUCAGAAAGCUUCAAUCUUGGUAAUACUGCAUAAACAAGAUUUCUGUUUAAAGGUUUGUUUUCUUCUUUUAUAUUUUGACUUAUCAUGCAUACGCUGAAUUCAAGGCUGAUAUAUAAGACAAUUGAACUAUUUCUAAAUAUUUUAUUAUCACGUAUAUCUGUUCAGUUUUGUUACAAAAUGCACUACAUUUAAUCAAAUCAAAGUUGAAUGUACUGGAAAACAAUUGAAGAGUGCUUUUAUCUGUAUUAAGAUUUUAAUUUUCAUAAAGAUAUGCAUAAAAACAGCUUUAUUUUAGGAGCUUUAUGAUAACACUCCUCCUGACCAAAAUGUUUUGUUUUUUUUUUUCUUUUGUAUUUGUACUUUUUAUUCAUGUAAGUCUGAUGAUUAUUAAACAAUGUACACGAUGUUAUGGUUCUCCAUUCUGACUAUUUUUUUAGCCUGAUGCUGUAUAACAGGAAGUAUCCUCUAGGUGGAAGUGUUGUUCUUAUUAGUUCACUACUUUUACUUGAGUGCUUUUAUUUAGUGGAUCUUAGACAAGUGUUUUCUACCAUGCUCAGCUUCUAGGGUUUCAGAUUUGAACACUUCACGUACUACUGAUAUAAAAGCACUUUAAAUCAUGAAGAGAGCAGUGCAAUUAUUUUUCAGUCAUAUUUAAGAGUGGGCUUUUAUAGUGAAUAAUAUAUUUUUACUAUGGCCAUUACCUAUGUUUCUCAUUCUCAUAUUCUCUCUUUACAAAACACUCAUGGGCAUUCAAAUUUAAAGCUAUUUAAAAAAAAUCAUGAACUUUGAAUGUCAGAUUUUUAAAAUUAAAUUCAAAUUAUCCAAAAUCAUCACCCCAUUGAACAGAAUGACUGCAUUAAAAAUGCUAAUGGUAGAACAGUAAAAUAUAUGCAUGAGAAAAAAAGCUGGCCUUUGAAAACAUAUUCUUGAAAUUUGUACAUCUACUCACUUAAUGGUCUGUUUUUAGUCAACCAACCAUACAGCAACAGCUCCUUUUAAUUAAUCUCCUAGACUUUUGAAGUUCAAACAGGCCAUCAGAAUUGUAUGAUUGUUUGUACCUGCCGUUCUGAUCUGUGUGCUGAUUUAUUGGUAUUUUGACACGAGUUUCUCUAGAGUUUACAGAGAACGGUCUGAAAAAAAGGCACAGUUCUUGGAUAUAAACGCUUUGUGGAUGCCAAAGGUAAGAGGAGAAUGAGCAGGCUGACAGUUUCAAGCUGAUAAAGGCAACAGUUCCUCAAAUAGCCACUCAUUAGAACUGAGGUCUGCUGAGAAGCCUCUCUGAAUGCGCCACACAUUGAACCUUGAAGCAGAUGAGCUAAAGCAGCAGAAGAUCACAUCUAGUGCCAAUCCUGUCAGCUAAGAAACUGAAUCUUCAGUUUGCACAGACUUAUCAAAAUUGGACAAUAGAGGAUUGUAAAAAGAUUGCCUAGUCUGAGUCUCAGUUUCUGCUGUGACAUUCAGAUGGUAGGGUCAGAAUUCAGUGUAAACCGCAUUUAAAGCAGGAAUCCAUUCUAACUUGUAUCACUGAUUUAGGCUCCUUAGUUUAGUGUAAUGGUGUUGGUAAUUGCUUUUUGGCACACGUUUGAACCCCUCUUUGGCAACAGAGUAUUGUUUAAAUGUCAAAGCCAACUUGAGUAUUGUUGCAGUUCAUGUACUUUCAGGAGGAUGAUGCACCAUGUCACAAAGUUAAUUCCUGGUUAACUGGUUCUAUUCAGAUGGCCUUUACAAUUACCAGAUCACAAUCUAAUAGAGCUUCUUUGAGGUGUGAAACAUGAUUCACAUCAUGGAUGUAAAACUGACAAUUCUCACAAUUGUGUGAUGCUGUCAUGCCAAAAUAAAUCAAAAUCUCUGAGGAAGGUUUCUAGUACUGUUGAAUCUAUCCUAUGCUAUUGAAGGAUUGGUUCACUUUCAUUAAAAAAAUGUACAGAUAGUUCACUCA